ACUCGACCACCUCCUCAUCUCGUACGCCACCCGCUUCUCUGCACACUGUUAUCUCAUUAUAACGCAUCCCAUCGCUAUCCAUCGCUGCUGAAAACUUGCUUUGUUUGUGCUCUCCGUCUUCCAAAAGCGUGUUUCUUCGUGAACAGAUUGUAAUUUCCGACAAACUCUAUGGCCGGUUACUUCUCGAAUCACUCUCAAUCCCGCUUCCUCGCCAAUUCCCAACCGAAUGCCACUUCGGGGACUGGCAACUCCUCAACCACUACUGCUACCGCACAAUCACCGUCAACACCUAACCCAUCUACACCAACUAGGCCAACCCGUGUCCCGUCGAGACAUUUCUCUACGUCCGUUUCCACCUCUUCCGACGAAAAAUCUCAUACAAAAGAGAAGUCAGGUAGUAGUGGGGCAGGAUCUGCAAAUGGAACUUCUGUCCAUCCUCUAAGAAAUACUUGGGUGUUCUGGUUUAGACAGCAUCGUGCCCCAGGAAAUAAAAUUACGAACUAUGAAGAAGGUAUCAAGAAGAUAUCUGCCUUCAGCUCUGUCGAAUCCUUUUGGUCAUUGUGGACACACCUUUACCCGCCUUCAGGUCUCCUUCCUACAACUGACUAUCUUCUCUUCCACUCUGGCAUCCGUCGGCCUGUUUGGGAAGACCCGCUAAACAUCGGCGGCGGAAAAUGGAUAAUUCGCCUGAAGAAAGGUGUUGCUGACCGCUUGUGGGAAGACCUAGUGCUUGCUGUUGUUGGUGAUCAAUUUGACGACGUCACAGAAGGUCGAGAAGCGACUGCAAAAGAUAAAGGUGGCGCAGACCCGAAUGGGGAAUGGCCGGAAAUAUGUGGGUGCACGAUUAGUGUGAGGCAGAAUGAAGACAUUAUUACAUUGUGGAACAAAGUUGAAGGAGAUGCGAAGGUUAAGGAGAGGAUAAGUGCCACCAUACGGAGAGUAUUGAAUCUCCCCCUUACCACACACAUGGAGUACAAAUCUAACAACGACUCCAUGCAAGACAAGUCCAGUUUCCGCGUACCUGCUGCGGACCGAACACCUCUGUCAUAGUAUCAGGGACUUUAAAUGUUUGGAUAUGGAUGCCAUUUCUUGUGUUUACCAUAUCAUACCGUCCCGUGUAAUAUCAAGCGAUCUCAUCGUCCAAGGGUGGUCCAAGUUGUAGCCGUAUUUUUCCAUUGACUUCUGAACCAGGUUAGCCCGGCCGUGCGCAUAUCUGUACUAAUUCGUGGGUUGUAUGUUACAAGAUGGUUUCAUUUCGGACUCCCAUGUUCUC